AUGGCCGGCUGCUACCGCACUUUCUUCCACAGAGGCCUCGGCGAGGCCGUCAAGGCUCUCAACGACACCGACUACCCUCACGAUCCCAGCUGCAUCGGCGUCCGUCUCGUGGCAGCCGACAUUCCUGCCGAAUUAUCGCUUGCCAACACGGCUGGCAGGGACUACUUGAUAAGGUCCGCUGCCCAUUCCCUAGCUGCCUUGAUUGCCUUUGGCCUCGUCUGCAAGGCAAGCUCGUGGGGUCUCCCGACAGAGUUGGCAGGCGAGCCAGCCCACCCUACGUGGGCCCUGGAGGCAGACGAGAACGGCAGCAAGUCAGUCGCCUGA